ACCCAAAGACCUUGAGUACCCAAUCAGGUCAUUGAGCCCUUACAGUGGUUAAGUAUACCAGGUUUGAUGUGGAUGUUUCCACUGGCAUGGGAGAUAUUGGCCCAUUUUUCGAUGGUUAGUUAGUAUUGUCCCAAUAUCUGCACUAAUCUUAAACUGUACUGUAUUUGAAGUGGGUAAGUAGGCUGUUUGAGAGACAUCCUGUAUGACAACUAGUCCUACCGACUAACUCCCUUACUCAAUCGACAUUUUUGCACACUUGAAACAAAAUGUCUUCAACCAACGUAAAAGUUAGGAGACUCGUGACAACAACCAUAAUGCAAGCCUUUCGGUUCACAGUGGGUAUCAUCAGCUCAAAUAACAUAACCUGUAGCUCCAUCCUAAAGUUGCCAAUGUGCGUGGUGAAAUUGUGCACAUCCCUCGGUCCUAAAGUAGCCUAGGCUAGCCCCUAUACUGAUGGUAGAUCUACGAACACGAUACAGAAAGUGAACAAAUAUAUGUUUAGCGCGUUAUCCACUGUAGCCUAGCCUACUUGCCGCCCCAUCAGACACGCAUUAGGGUGGGUUCAGAUUAGGGAGAGGUUAUCUGGGCAUGUGCGUCACUGUUCACUAAAGGCUGCACAGGGUUAACUUUUCUCUCCUCGACUCCUUGCGCUUAUCCUCUCAUAAUGAGAUAUGCCUGCCAGGCAUAGCCAACCGUAUAAGCCAGGCGGAUUCUUCAGCGCAAACAACGAAAUGCCGUUAAUUUAAAAGACUGGAGGUCGUUGUCUACAUCUAGUAUUUCUGUUUAAAGCGUUGCUGGAAUGGACCGCUAUAGCCUAAUUGUCAACGUCUUCGGCGCCUGUCGAAACGACCUUGAUACAGGGGAGGCCUGUUUGAAUAUGUCUGCCGAUAUGCGAGGAUGCUCGACUCACUCAAUUUAAACUAUGUGGAUAACGCUUUGUCAUGGACCGCUAGAUUUUCAUCAUUGUAGGCUAUCAGGUGAGAAUGGGACAGACGUCAUAUUACUCGAAGUAUUUCUCUAACCAGUGGAAUAGGCUAUAGCCUAUAGUCCCCAUAGCCUACUUCGAGGCUGAAUUAUCUCAGCUGUGAACCAUGUGUUAGCUUUCUGGAUUAGUCAUGGCUAUCAUCACAUGUUUAUUCAACGACAUUGUGUGAUAGAAUAGGUUAUUCAUUUACACUAGUAAGGUAUAACCUUAUUUCGCUGACAUCAUGGCCGAUCAGAGCAGUAUUCAGUCUGCUGCUUCGAAAAGUAUACGCCCAUUUAAAUCAAGUGAGGAAUAUCUCUAUGCCAUGAAGGAAGAUCUAGCUGAGUGGCUGAACAUGCUGUACGACUUGGACAUUUCUGCAGAGACGUUUAUGGAGAGCUUGGAGACUGGUUGUGCUCUCUGCCGUCAUGCCAACAACGUAAACCGUGCAGCGCUAGAUUUUGUAUCGUCCUUCCCAAAGACAACACUACGGAUGCCAAAGAAAGAUGUGGUUUUCCAGUCUCGUAACGUCAUGCCAGGCUCAUUUCUGGCCCGGGACAACGUGUCAAACUUCAUCGGAUGGUGUCGUCAAGAAUUGGGGAUCAAAGACGUGCUGAUGUUUGAAACCAAUGAUUUAGUUGAGAGGUGUAAUGAGAAGAAUUUUGUGUUAUGUUUGCUGGAAGUUGCGCGCCGCGGUGCCAAAUUUGGAAUGCUGGCCCCUAUGCUGAUUCAGCUCGAGGAGGAGAUUGAAGAGGAGAUUCGGGACCAAGAGAAUUUAAGGAAGCAGAGUCCUCCCAGGAAAACUGUAAGUCGAAAGGACAGUGUUGAAGACCUACACCCACCUUUGUUGGAUCAGUGGCAUCAGAAACAGAGAGUGCUGUGUGAUAUGCGCAACUUGGACGAGCUGGUCCGUGACAUUUUGGGCCAGUGCUCUUGUCCUGCCCAAUUCCCCAUGAGCAAAGUUUCAGAGGGGAAAUAUAAAGUUGGUGAUUCCAGUGCUCUGAUCUUCAUUAGGGUCCUGCGUACUCAUGUGAUGGUUCGUGUGGGAGGGGGCUGGGACACAUUAGAGCACUACCUGGAUAAACAUGAUCCUUGCCGCUGCACUGCUUUUGCUCACCGCUAUCAGCAGGCUAAAGCUGGUGGUCAGGGUUCCCACAGCAAGUCCUCUAGUGCCCAUUCUUCACGUUCCACUAGCCCUGGGCCUCACUGGCGAAAUGAAAGUAUUGCCUCUAGGACUUCUGAGAGGCAAUCCUUGGAUCCCUCCGGAACCUCCUCAUCUCCUUGUCGACAGGGCCGCUCCCACCGUCCUUCCAUUUUAACAGAGAGGGAAUUCAGUACAGGCUGUACACCCACACUCUUGUCACGGCCAAGCCGGGACCAUUCGGAACCUCGACACUUCAAGCCUUUCAGGAAUAAAGAAUCAUUAGUGCCAGUGACACGGAGGCUGUCUGGUGGCAGUGACUCAUCAACAACGUCUUCCAAAGGCAGCUGUGGUCUACGUGCAGGUGGAGAGGAAAUGGUUCUGCUUGUCAAUCGCAAGGAGGGACGGCAUGUGAUUGAAAGGGUUGGUGGACAGGAUGAGUUUGCUGUUCCGCAACCUCCUCAGGCACGUACAAGAAACACUUCUCGAGACCGCCCCACACAGACAUCCCAAUCUCCCCGUCGUCACAGCCCACUUCACGUGUAUACAGAGGGCCAUCAAACCACACCUUCUGAACAGAACCAUUCUCAGUGCCCUGAGAGUCCAUGUCAUCUCCAGACUACUCACUCUCCCAGUCAAGAUAAGAGGUUGUCUUCCCGUAGUUGCAAUAGUAUGGAGGAUUUGCGUGCUAAGCAAACAACUUCUAUCUGUUGUAGGGCUAGUGGUGGUAGUGGUAACUCCUGGAGACCGAUCUCCACCACUGCCUCCACUUCCCCAGUCAGAGGAGCUUCCUGUAAUAGGAGUGGAAGCCCUGCAAAGAAAGGAUUGACGACACCUCGUCCUCCAUUACAAACACCAUCUAUUGGCAAGGGUAAACUGCUACCCCCUGUGUCACAGCCAGGACGACAUUCUCCACAGUCAUCUUAUCGCUCUUCCCAUCACCACAAUCAUCCUCCAAGAUCCCCACGUUCCCAGAACUCUCGUACAUCUUCACGCACCCAGAGAAGUAGAUCUAACCCAAGGCCCUCUCUUCGGACUGAAUCCCAGGAUGGGCCAUCAGGACAGGGUUACAGUUUACAACAUUUACCCAGCUUGGAUCCCCAGAAGGAAGAAGACCUGUACCGUAGCUUUGAGGCAGAGUAUCUGGCCAACACUCAGCAACAGCUGGCCAGGUCUGGUCCAGACAGAGGUACAGUGAGGAAGGACAUACUUCCAAUUUCCCAACAGUUACAAGAGCAGCACUUUACCCUGUGUGUCCUUCCUACACCAACCAUGGGGGAUUUGAAUGUGACAGAUUCAGCCUACUCCUCCUCUUGUUCCUCCACUUCCUCUCUAAAUGUUGGGGGGAAACCGUUUGGACUAUUUCCAGACCUGAAAGAGGUGAAAAAGACUAAACAACAGCCGUGUAUCCUGAAUGAUCCCACCACCUUUUCUCAGAACCAGACCUCAGAAAUGCUAUCUGACAGCAAACAAUGGAGUGACUGCGACAGAGGUCUGAAGAGAUUGCCUGCCAUUUCCAGUUUAAUGGAAGAUUGUGAGGUGGGUUUUAAUCACUCACAGCACCAGUCACACCCAGCACUUGUACCUAGACCACUGAAUGGGUCCCCUGGUCUGUACCACAGGCCAACUGAGAUUUUGUUGAAUGGACAGCCAGAUACAUUUAACCAAAGGGAUGUGGAAGCAGAUGCCUCUCAAGAGGAAUUCACUGCAGACAUGCCUUAUGAUUUGGACCACAACCCAAAUAAAGAUCUUCCGCUUCUUACUUGCCCCUUGCCUGUUCCACCACUCAGUGAUGAUUCCUUGUUACAGAACUCCUGUGAGAGCUCAUCCAUGUGCUUCAGUGCGCCACUCUCAGAUGGUAUCACCACCCCAUCCCACUCACUUGCCAAUGGUGACAUGGAGAAUGCCGCAGCUCUGCGGGCCAGGAGGGGUCAGAAGAAGACUGAGUGGAUGCCCUCCAUUUAUAAAAUGAAGCUGAGACCACGAAUCCGGCCACGUACGGACAACCGGCCAGACAAUAGUCCAUCUCGUAUUCCUACCCCUAUUGGCAGAGAUACACAACAACAGCAGCAUGAAACUAGCCUGCCCCCUUUGCACACUUCAUCGGAGUCUCCUCACUUCUCCUAUUCCAAUGAGUAUUCAUCAUCUAGAAAUGUUCUCCAUCAAGCUAUCACAGACCUUCUUCAUCCUCAGUCCUGCUCUCCAAGCAUGGGCCCAAAGGAUUGCUCUUAUUCCCCUCCAUCCAACCUGGACACAGAAGCAUCGACACUGGAUUUGAGGAUUUCCCAACCUGCCAAAUCCCACUUUAACCACUGGGUAUUGGUAAGAUGGACAGAUUUCCUGGAGCGAUGUUAAUUUCCUGGAUAUGUACUUUAGGAGGACUGGUCACCUGCACCAUUUCCCACUAUCAGCGGCUUCGAGACGGAGAGGGCUCACAACACCAUGUUCCUGGGGGUCCAUCUGACGGACAAGCUGACCUCCAGUGACAACACCACAGCUGUCAUCAAGAGGGCGAAACAGCGACUUUACUUCCUGCAUAGACUGAGGAAGGACAUCCCCAUCCCAGCCAUGACUAUAUUUUACAGAGGGACCAUCGAGAACAUUCUCACUUACUGCAUCUCUUCAUAGUUUGGCAAAAGCACGGCAGACGAGAGGCACA